UACGAAGUGGAUCUGUUAAAAGACAAGCUGGAGGAUUUGACAGACUUCAAUGCCUCUCUGCACAAGGCGUUCCUGGAGAAAAAACGGGAUUUGGCCUACGAGCGUAUGCAAGUGGCUGAACUCAACCAUCGUUUGGAAUUUGCACGCAAACAAAUCGAGGCACGUGAUCAACUUUUAAUCGAUCACGAUCUAAUCCUAUUGGGUGGAUCGGGCGUGGACGAUGCUCCUCCGCUCCCGGAUGAUCAAAAACCACCGCCCGACGCAGAUGACGAUAUCCUCACGAAUACGACUGGCAAUCGGAUAGAAAAAUCAGAAAAACGUGUCCCGAACGGGUUUUCGGAGCACGGACAGUCGAAGAAGGAGUCGCCUCCGACAAUGGCCUUGAUUUCCAAAUCUACAGCAGAGCUGCUCAACAGUCUUGGAGAAUCCGAUCUCGGUAAUUCGAUUUCAUUGUUCAUAUGA